UCGAAGAUAAUUAAGAAUAAAUAGUAAAAUCCAAGUUAGGGGUGCCGUGUAGGAAACAAUCACUAAACCCUAAAUACAUCUUUAAAUAUUCUCUUCCUUCUUUCUUUUCUCAGGCUUUGAUCACCAAACCCUACUUUCUCUUGAUCAUCGAUUCGGUUCUUCUUCAGAUACUAAUCGAAUCGCCAUGGCAAAAAGCUCCUUCAAGCUUUCUAAUCCUCUGGAGGUUAGAAUGGCUGAAUCUAGUCGUAUCAGAGAGAAAUACCAAGACAGAGUUCCUGUGAUCGUGGAGAAGGCUGGACAGAGUGAUGUUCCUGACAUUGACAAGAAGAAGUAUCUCGUGCCAGCUGAUCUAACCGUUGGACAAUUUGUGUACGUUGUGCGCAAAAGAAUCAAGCUUGGGGCUGAGAAAGCAAUCUUUGUCUUUGUCAAGAACACCUUACCCCCAACUGCUGCUUUGAUGUCUGCAAUCUAUGAAGAACACAAGGACGAAGAUGGGUUUCUCUACAUGACAUACAGUGGAGAGAACACAUUUGGAUCUGCCUGUUGAAUACCUUUGCUUUGACAGUUUGAUCUUCUUCGUGAUGAUUGAUAUUCUGAUUGUACAUUCGCUUUCCCCCUCUAGCCUUUGCUCUGAUUCCUCAACCUUAAUAAUCUCUUUUACUUUCUUUAGUACGCUCUGUUAGGUACACUUUUUAAUCAUCACAAUAAGAUGAAAACGUUACUGCAAGAUUACAAACCAUGAUAAGAGUAUAAAUUACAAAUGAUUUGAGAAAUAGUGGUGAAUACUCUGGUUUUGAUUCUCAAAAAUCUCAAAUUGUCUUUGUAAUUAAGGAUUGUCUGAUAUGAAUGUGAAGAAUAAGAGCAUCUAUG